CGGAUCGUACAGAUACGAUCCCACACGCUUUUAUCGUCUUGACGAUCUAGAAAAUCUUUUAUAUUUCCCGGGCUUCUCACUUACCGUAUCCGUAAUGAAUAUUAUUACUUGUUGAUCCGCAUUAAUUACAUGCACUGGGUCCUCUCAUUUGCUCUCAUUGGGACAGGAUCAGACAGCCAUCCAAUCUCAGAAGCGAAGCGGGAAACAAUAUGGAUAGAGUGCUUUCAGUGGAGGAAAUUUCUGAACAGUUUUGGUCGCCGCCGGUAUCCACCGUAAAGGAUGAAUCCUCCUCCGGGAUGAAUCGCAGUGCUUCCGAGUGGGCCUUCCAGCGAUUUCUCCAAGAAGCUUCUGCUUCCCAUGCUCCUCGCCCUUCUCCUUCCUCCCGUCCUGACAAAAACGACGAGCCUAAUCUUGAGAUUAAGGAGCAGCCCAAACCCAGACAGGACCUCACGGCGCCAUCCAUUCCCAAGAAUGCUGCUGGCUUUCCCAAUGCACCUUCUCCAAGCGUCCCUGUCGAUUCUGAGCAGUACCAGGCUAUCCUUAAGAGCAAACUCAAUCUCGCUUGCGCUGCGGUCGCCUUGACUCGGCAGGGUUCCUUAGCCAAGUCCCAAGAUCCAGCCACUUUACCUAAUGGCGUAUCAAAGGCCAAUAAAACUUCUCAAGCUGGAUCUCCUGCUACCUUAGAAGGACAUGAUCCAUCUAACAUACCCGAUAAAGAUGCGAAGGGACCAGUUGCAAUUCCUUCAUUACCUGCCGUUCAAAAGAAACUGGCGAUUGCAACCAAGCCAACAACCAGUGGAUCAUCGAGGGAUCUGUCUGAUGAUGAGGAGGUUGAAGUGGAGACUGAAAAUAUGGAACCUGCAGAUGCAAAACGAGUAAGGAGGAUGCUUUCCAAUAGGGAGUCGGCCAGACGCUCGAGAAGAAGAAAGCAGGCUCAUAUAACUGAGCUUGAAACACAGGUUGCUCAAUUAAAAGUAGAAAAUUCAUCAUUGUUAAAGCGUCUUGCUGACAUAAGCCAGAAGUACAAUGAAACUGCUGUUGACAACAGAGUCUUGAAAGCUGACGUCGAAACAUUAAGAGCAAAGGUAAAGAUGGCCGAAGAGACCGUGAAAAGAAUAACUGGGUUAAACCCAAUGUUCAGUGCCAUGUCUGAGAUAUCAUCGAUGGGUAUGGCAUCAUUUGAUGGAAGUCCUUCCGACGCAUCAGAUGCAGCUGUACCUGUGCAAGAUGACGCUAACCAUCACUUCUAUCAACUCACUUCUAAUAAUUCUUUGUCCGGGCCUGAUUCAAGAGUCAACAAUGGAGUUGGAGAUAUUUCUUCCAUGGAAAAUGUGCAGCAGAACCCCGCGGCAAUGGCAACUGGAAACAAGAUGGGGAGAACAGGUUCCCUGCAGCGGGUGGCUAGCUUGGAACAUCUUCAGAAGCGCAUCCGUGGAGGUGGUGCAGAUUCUUGUAGUCGGCCCUGCAAUGGAGAGCAGUAAUAAAAAAGAGCAGCCAUAAAAAGGAGCAUGGCUAGAGAAGUUCUGAAGCAUUUAUUUCGGUUGUAAAGGAUGGCCUAUUCAUCUUGAUUAUGUUGUAAAUCAAUUUGAUAUGCUCAGCAAACUUGUAAAUUAUGCCCCAUUCGUCUUACUUUGCAACCCAUCAAUUGCCAAAUGUAAUUACUUAUCUUCGGAUCGGUC